CCGUGCCCGCCGGGGAGGCUCCCCCGCCCGGGGCCCGCCCCGGCCCCGCGCUGAGGCGGCGGCGGAGCGCGGCGGGGCCGCCCGGCCAUGGAGCGCUACGAGAAGCUGGGCAAGGUCGGGGAGGGCUCCUACGGCGUCGUCUUCAAGUGCCGCAACAAGGACACGGGGCAGAUUGUGGCCAUCAAGAAGUUCCUGGAGUCCGAGGAGGACCCGGUGAUCCGGAAGAUCGCCCUGAGGGAGAUCCGCAUGCUCAAGCAACUCAAGCACCCCAACCUGGUGAGGCUGCUGGAGGUGUUCCGGAGGAAGCGGCGGCUGCACCUGGUGUUCGAGUACUGCGAGCACACCGUGCUGCAGGAGCUGCACAAGCACCCCCGCGGGGUGCCAGAGUACCUGGUGAAGAGCAUAACCUGGCAGACCCUGCAGGCUGUGAACUUCUGCCAUAAACACAAUUGCAUCCACCGGGAUGUGAAGCCAGAGAACAUCCUGAUAACAAAGCACUCGGUCAUCAAGCUCUGUGACUUCGGAUUUGCUCGCAUACUGACUGGUCCCAGUGACUACUACACGGACUACGUGGCCACCAGGUGGUACCGCUGCCCGGAGCUGCUGGUGGGGGACACCCAGUACGGCCCCGCCGUGGACGUGUGGGCCAUCGGCUGCGUGUUCGCCGAGCUGCUCUCGGGGCUGCCCCUGUGGCCGGGCAGGUCGGACGCGGACCAGCUGUACCUGAUCCGCAGGACCCUGGGGGAUCUCAUUCCCAGGCACCAGCAAGUGUUCAGCACCAACCAGUUCUUCAGUGGGGUAAGAAUUCCAGACCCAGAGAGCAUGGAGCCAUUGGAAGUGAAAUUCCCCAAUGUUUCAUACUCUGCACUGGCUCUCAUGAAGGGCUGCCUUCGGAUGGACCCUGCGGAGAGGCAGAGCUGUGAGCAGCUGCUGCAGCACCCCUACUUUGACAGCUUCAGGGAGGCAGCAGAGCUGGGCAGAGAACACGAGAAGGGCGCUCGCAGGCCAGCCAGGCUGCCUCGGAAGCACAUGCCAGGGUUACAGCACCUGCCUCAGCUGACCUGCAGCAAAGUUCUCCCAGCUUUGGACAGCAAGAAGAACUGCUGCAAAACAAGGAAAUCAAAGUACCACUUCCCAAACAUCUGACCAGGUGGCAGAUGAAAAUUCAGUUCUUCAAAGUCAUCCAGGAUUUAUAGAUGGAGGAUACACAGUGGAAAACUCAAUUACUAAAAGUUAUGGCAUGCACAGAGUGAUCUGUCCUCUACUCUGGGUCACUGUUGGAGAGGAAGUGAUGCAGAAAGAACUCCAAGCUCAUCUUAGUGUUCUGUAUACAAAGGCAAAUGCAUUCUGUUUUAUUUCCUGAUUGCCUCCUGGUUCAGGAUUACCCCAACCCAGUGCUCACAGUAUGAAAUUUAAAACUCUGUCCCUGCAUUUCAGAUUGGCAGGAGAACUCCACCUUGCCACAUACACGGGUCCCUCCUGCUUCAGGCUGGGCUGAGCCCCUGCUGUGAAGGGCUGGCAGAUUGUGCUGCAGCCCAGGCUGGGAGGGCUCAGCUCCAGAGCUGCCCCGGGCUCCACAGGCACCAGGAGAACAGAGCAACAUCCCUGCUGUUUCUUUAGUCUUUCCAGAGCUUCUCCUGCAAGUUUCAUCCUUGAACUCUGCUUCUGACAAGAGUGAGGGCACUUGCUUGUAAUUACAAAAAUUAAUAACUAAUCAUGAAUAUAAUUUAUAACAAUGGCCAGACACAGGCAGGAAUUCUACCUAAGUGUUUGUAUUAGAACAACUGGGGUUCGUGGAAUCUCAGAAUAUAAUAUUGUAAUGGUUUUGAAUAAAAGAAAUGUAGCUUUUUUUUUCCAAUUUA